AUUUAAAAAGGCUCUCAGAUCCACUUUCUCUCAACCUGACCCGAGUCAUCUCCCCCGUCCAGAAAGUCCGCAGGUCCUUCGCUCUGCUGCAGGCUCUCCCUCCCAUGUAGCGGCGACACCGUUCAUCCCCUCUGACACCGUCGCUCCAGAUGGUCAGGAUCUCGAUAACCAACAUUGGGUCCAAUUUGGUUCGCUCCCGGUGAGACCCCUUUCCCCUCCGUCAGAAUUUGCGGCGCUAGAUACCCGCAGCUCAACCCCCCUUUUGCCCUCAGCUCAAACCCGCAACUCACAUCUUCCAUUUUUGCCCUUAACUCACAUCUUACCCUCAGCUCAAAAGGACCAUAAUAUUGGGCCAAAUCAUACUCAAGGCCCAAUUCUUGAACUAUGCCCAACUCAAAGCCCAAAUGAACCCUAUGGGUCACCCUCCAUGGCCCAUUUCCAGUCUUCUCCCAACUCCCCAACACACUCUUCAGUCCCCUUAAACAGCCCAUCUAGCACAACCCCCCACUACAAGCCCAACAGUGACCAUACAGUCCCUUCGUUUCUGCACCAGAAAGAUCGUCGAGCCUCCAUCUAUUUCUCGUCGGUCAACACCUCAGACACCUUACCUCCGGCCGGUGACCUGCCCUCCAGCUCCGGCACCAGCGUCAGCAUCUCUCAGGUAGGCGGGCCCCAUAUUCCGCCGGCAUCUUCUCUCGCGGGCCCGGUACCCGAAAUACCGGCUGUCAACUCGACGGAGACCUUUAGGUCCGGCCAGACCACCGCUGCCAAUGCUCUUAUUGGUCUCGGACACCUCACCUCAUCCUUUACCGGCUAUGGAGUACCCUCCUUGUCGAUGGGCGGUAUUUUAGGCCGUGGCCCAACUUCGGCUAUUAUCUCGCCACCGGAGGAGACCACUUUCGUCAACUUCAUGGACUUUAGUGAGCGGCUGACAAGGAACAGCGUGGGUCAAGGUCCGCACACGGCCAUCCCUCCCCCCCAAGCGGUGAACCAAAGCUCUCGGCCUUCCGAAGCACGAUCUUUUCGGGACGCGGUAACCGGCUCCUCCACCGCCAAACCGGGACAUCAGAAACUCAGUCUGGAGUCCUUUCAGGACACGCAGAGCGGUACCGUCACCCGCUCCGAGGAGGGCAGGUUCAAG